UAUCCUUAAUCGCGGGCUCGCAGCCGAUCAAAAACACGCCCCGGAAGGAUACGAAAUGCUGUCUCUCACCCCACGACCUCUCCCUCCUCCCUUUCUCCUCCAAUCCCCGCCUCCACGGCGGCUUCUCCUCCUCGCCGCCAAAAGAGGAGCGGAAGACGACUACCACGCCACCAUCCGAACCCUCAACGCCAAUGGCCGCCGCCACGCCCCAAGGAAAUCCCUCGGCCAGCAUUAUAUGUUGAAUUCGGGCAUCAACGACGCCCUCGCCGGCGUCGCCGGAGUCGAGGAGGGCGAUGUGGUGCUGGAGAUCGGCCCCGGCACGGGCUCGUUGACCAACGCCCUGAUUAACGCCGGCGCCACCGUGAUUGCGGUCGAGAAGGAUCCACAGAUGGCAAUGCUUGUCAAAGAUAGAUUUGCGAGUACAGAUCGAUUAACGGUUUUGAAAGAAGACUUCACAAAAUGCCACAUUCGUUCCCAUAUUAUUUCUUUGCUGGAAAAAAAGAAUUCUAGUGGAGCAGAACCAAAAUAUGCAAAGGUAGUGUCAAAUAUUCCUUUUAAUAUCAGUACUGAGGUUGUAAAGAAACUUCUUCCAUUGGGUGACGUCUUCUCCGAUGUGGCUCUUUUGCUUCAGGAUGAAACAGCAAUACGCUUGUCUGAUGUUUCCUUACGAUCGUCAGAAUGCCGACCUAUCAACAUAUUCGUGAACUUCUACUCAGAUCCCCAAUACAAGUUCAAAGUUGAAAGAACAAACUUUUUCCCUCAACCAAAUGUUGAUGCAGCUAUCAUUAGAUUUAAACUGAAGCAAGUUGCAGAAUAUCCACCAGUCACUUCCCCCAAAAGCUUCUUUUCAAUGAUAAAUUCUGCCUUCAAUGGGAAGCGUAAAAUGCUUCGAAAAUCACUUCAGCAUAUAUGCCCAUCUAUUGAGAUUGAGGCAGCUCUAACGAACAUUGGUCUUCCAGUUACUUCCAGACCAGGAGACCUUUCCUUGGACGACUUUGUGAGGCUGCAUAAUCUCCUUGUAAAAGUGUAGGAUUUCUUACAUUCUAAAAGGGGUUUUUGCAAUAAAGCUCCAAAUGACGAAAAUAGUGACACUGAUCCUCGUCGCCGUCAAAUCAUCACCAUGUCAAAAUGGAGUUCACAGAUAUCCACAUUGUAGAUGCAGUUAACUUCGAUAACGAACAAAAGAGAUACCCUGCAAGUAGAAAUGAAACUGGUGCAAAGUGAAGCUUACUUGCUUGAUAAAAGCCGUUGCCGGUAUCAAUUAUCUUCUUUUACGACCUUGAGAGUUGCAGAAAACUCUUGACUUUGAAAUAGCUAUAUAUCAGAGUUGUGAAUUUUGUGAGCUUCAAUUCCAUGAGCUGCUGCAGAGGAGGGAAAGGAAAGUGCUAUGACCAAAUAACAUUAUCUUCUCGGAAAACAAUACGAUGAACAAGCAAUGGUUAUGUGAUGCCCGCACUUUCCAGGGGGUUGUCCAUUCAAGGACUACUCUAGCCCUAAUAUGCUUAACUUCCUUAAUCUUUUGAGCAUAACUACUGCACAAAAUGUUAUAGCCGGGUUAAAAGUUUUAGCGAUAUUAUAUUUUAUAUAUGGGACUACAUAGGAUCUGACAAGUUAUUUAUCAAUAUGUAUCUGUAAUUCAAGAAUAGAUUAGGCAAUGUUAAUGUACUAGUGAAUAUUUGAGAAAAGUGCAGAUCUCUUCUUGGAACCCCAGAGACAAUGUACAUAGUUAAUUGUUUUCAAUUUUUCUUCUUAUUUAGACUA